AUGAAAUUUUUGACUCUCCACCCAGCAGCCAACUCUUUCCUGUUCACAACUAAGGGGGAUCAGCAUGAAGUCAUCCUGUCACAAAGGGGGUUUGUUGGGAUCAGCUUUUACUCGCAAGCCGCCGAAGAGAUUUCUGACAACGAAGAACCCCACGAGCCGUUGUUCUCGGGCAAAGCUGCGGGUGAGCAAGCACUCGGUCCGGCACAGUGCAUUCUAGAAAAAAAGAUGUUCUCGCUGUCCGGGCACGUUACCAAGCCUGUCAGCCUGAAGAAGAUUCGUAACGUUUUACCAAUCCUAUUGCACGGAGACGCCACCUUUGCCGGGCAAGGUGUAGUCUACGAGACCAUGCAAAUGGCCGAGGUGCCCGAUUUGAUGUUGAUUGUCUUCACCACCAACCCCCUACAUUUGCGCUCGACGCCCUACUCGUCGGAUUUGGGCAAGGCCUUCACUUGCCCCAUCUUUCACUGCAACGGCAAUGAUCCCCUAGCAGUAUCGACGGCACUCGAGACCGCCGUCGAAUGACGUCACGAAUGGGGCAUGGAUGUCAUUAUUGAGAUGGUCUGCUACCGUUGUAAUGGUCACAACAAAUUGGAUCAGCCGGCCUUUACGCAACCCAAACUCUAUAAGGAAAUCUCUCAACACCCACCAACCCUGGAAAUUGUCGAAAAGUGAUUGAUUGAAGAAGGAACCUUAUCCAAAGAAGAAU